CUUUGCUCAAGCAUGCUGGGUAUAUGAGGCUGGUGACCCUACAGAUUUUUUUUUUUUUAGUUCGAUUUAUAUUUACAAAUUCCAGAGCAGUUCACAAGUCACACUGUCAAAAAUAGAACAUCAUCAUCGUCAUCAUAUGAGCAGACCUUUCCAGACAGGAUGCAAGACUCUUCUUUUCCAUAAUGAAGGUGCCUGGUGCCUAACAUCCUAGCAGAGGAUUCUAUGCUGGCAUUGGAUGUUAGCACACUAUUUAGAAUACUGCUGCCUGCUUGUGUUUUUGAUGUGGAUGUUUGGAAUUUAAUGUUUUCACGAACCAUGUUUUAUGGAUGCUGGUGCUUCUGGCUUGUUAGAAGGGGUUAAAACAUCUCACUCCCAUCACCCCUUCCCAUCCCACCUCCCGGCAGAAGUCCACCUUUCUGAAGAUAGCCAUUUGUCCUUCCGGUACAAGUUCUUCAUCAGAAUAUUCAGCUGCGUUGGCCUGGUCGGUUUGUUUAUCAGUCUUCUUUCUCCGUCCUGGAUUGAGAUCUUCCACAAGGAUUUCGUCACCAAUUUGGGCCUCUGGAACAUAUGCAUAAACAGAAGAUGCAAGAGAAUUAGGCUGAACUCAAACAUCCUCCUUGUCAUCAGAAUCUUGAUGUCAAUCAGCACAUUCUUUGGCUUGGUGGCAGCUGCCUGCACAUUGCUGUCCAGCACCACCUUAAGGCUAUCCAGGUGGCCAGCUGUCACCAAUUUAUGCACAGGAAUCAUUUCCCUGGUCACCAUGGUGUUGUACGGCACGUCAAUCUCACCCAACAGCACCUUGGGCAGCCCAAUCCCUCAUACAACCUCUCCAAAGUAUCUCUCCUGGUCCUUUGGGAUAGGCUGCUUGGCCAGCUUCCUGUUCCUGACAAACAUACUCCUGUUCAUCCUGAUAGAACUUGAGGGAAACAACAGCACGCAUGAUGACCUCAAGCCAAAACAACGUCGCCUGAUCUUGGUCACAUAGAAGAGUGCGGAAGCGCAUCGGACUUGAACCAAUCUAGAAUGUCCACAUUUAAGGAUUCUGAUGCAGGAGUUUUUUCUCCCCCCGUCGCUGAAGAAAUACCCUGGAAGGAAUAUCCAAAAAAUCUUGUUAUAUCAGA